AUGAAGAUCUCCGAGCUUUCGCCGGACUCUCGUCGGGGAGGAUCCCGAUCUCCUUCGGAUCCGGCGGCAUCGCCGCCUAUUGAAGAGCUCGAGGCCGCCAUUAGCGCUGCGGAGUUUCUCUCCCCUUUCGAUCCCUCUGCAUCCGCUCUUGCUGCCCGCCUCCGUGCCGCCAUUUCCCGCCUCGCCUCCAACCCUUCUCCUCUCCCUGAUCCCAUUCGAUUCCAUCUUUGGAAGCUCAGCUACCGCCUCUGGAACGCCUGCGUUGACCUCUCCAACGCCUCCCGCGCCACCACCCCAUCCCCGUGCCUUGCUGAUCUCCGACUCGCCGCUGCCGAUAUACUUCUCCUUGCCGGCGCGCCUCCUGGUGUUCCUUCACCUGAGAUCAAGUCUGCUUCCUUCUUCCUCAAGACCGGCCUCUCCUAUCAUGAUCUCCGCCGACUCGAUCUCGCAGCUAAGUGCUUCGAGCGCGCUACGGAUCUCAUCUCCACCGUUCCAAUCCAUGGUGAAGAGGAGAGAAAUCUCCUCCUUGAGGUUAACCUCGCUAGGUCCAGAACAGCUUGGGAGGAUUCAGAUCGGAAUCUCGCGAUCGCGUUGCUGAAUAGGUCAAAAAACCUUGUAGCCACGUCGCCGGCAGCGUUCAAAGCCCUAGCUGAGCAAUACCUCCAGUGCGCAAAGCUCGACCUCUCCAAUCGAUCUCAAGAGGGCGUUGGUCCGAUUUCCGAUGCCUCGAAGCUAUUAAGCGAGGCGCUGGAUCUAUGCGAGAAGGGAAUUUUGGAAGCAAAGGGGAAGGCAAGCGGGGACAAGCUAGCCCUAGAAGGUUUGAGGGAGAGGUGCUUGAAGUUCAUCGCUGCGGAGAGGCUUGGGGCGGGGGACUACGAGGGAGUGCUGCGGUGCGUUAGGGUUUUGCGCGGCGGAAACACUAACCCUAGCGCUGGAGAGCAUGCGAGCGUGGGGUACGUGGCGAUGAGGGCAUGGCUGGGGAUGGGGAGGGUAGAAGAGGCGGAGAAUGAGCUAAGGGCGAUGAUGGAGACGAUGGGGGUUGCGACGGAGGGGGUGGUUCUGGCGGCAGCGGAGCUCUUUGUUGGGGUGGCGGGGGCGGAGGAGGGGAAAAGGGUGGUGGAGGGACUGGUAGGAAGGUGCCAGACUGGGGCGGCAACGGCGCUGAGAUUGGUGAGGAGGGUGGCGGAGGGUGGGAAUGGAACGGCGGCGGCUGCCACUAGGGUUAGCGUGGUGGCAGAGUUGGCCGGCGACGAUAAGGUGGUGGCGGCGUUUGAAGUUCCGGCGGCGGCCAAGGAGCGUGCGGCGAUGCACGCGUUGCUGUGGAACUUUGGAGCUGAUCAUUUUCGUUUGAAGGAUUAUCAUACUAGUGCAGAGAUGUUUGAGAAAUCAAUGCUUUAUGUACCUAAUGAUGAGGAGAACAGACCAAGACGUUCAAACUGCUUCAGAGUGCUCAGCCUUUGCCACCUUGGUCUAGCUCAACUGGACCGAGCUCAGGAAUUCAUUGACGAAGCUGAGAAGCUUGAACCCAACAUCAAGUGUGCUUUCCUUAAGUUUAAGAUAUAUCUGCAAAAGAAGGAUGAGAAGCAGGCCAUCAACCAGAUGCAAACCAUGGUUAGCUGUAGUGACUUCAACCCUGAAUUCCUCACCCUUUCAACACAUGAAGCCAUUGCUUGCCAAUCUUUUCCUGUAGCAGUUUCAUCAUUGGCCCUUCUCCUGAACCUCUACUCACCAGGGAAGCCAAUGCCAAUGUCAGAAGUUGCGGCUCUCCGUAAUCUCAUCACCCUCCUCCAUCGAAGCUCUGACACUGACCAUGAGAUCCUCAAAUACACAAAGCAUGCUAGAAUGCGAAUGGCUGAGCUUGGUGCUGAUAACUUCUUCGGGAAAGGAGCAGUCAGGAGCCGAGAACUGAAUUGGUUUGCGGGGACUUCGUGGAAUAUGGGGCUGAAGACUGGAAAGGAUAAGAGGUUUGAUUUCUGUGCGGAGUUUUUGGAAUUGGCCGCAGAAUUCUACAGCACAAGCAUUGACGGAAAUGAAGGAAACCCUGCUAUGCUAUGGAAGUCAUUAAUUCUAAGUGUCAGUGCUAUGAUCAGUGUAGAGGAGCAACUGAAGGUUACUCUACCAAGUUCCGACAUCAAGAAGGCUAUAGAAAUGCUCAACAGAGCUGGCAAGAUACUUUCCACACUGCCACCAUCCAUAGAUCAGACAGGUGAGGAGUCAACCCUCAUCUUCCUCCACACUUUCAACACAUACCAACUCCUCAACAGGCUUGAUGUAAAUGACAUCCGAAGCCAGCAACUCCAGCUGAUCAAAAACUUUGCUUCCUUGAAAGCAUGCACACCAGAGCAUCUCCUUCAUCUUGGUCUCGCAGCCUCUCAAGGCACACUGCCCAACCUAGAUGCAGCUGAGUUUUCUCUCAAUGCCUGCCUAUCUGCAGCACUUGCUUUACCGUCACCAGACUACAGGAUAAUCAGCAUUGCGAUACGGAAACUAGCUGGUCUGGGUCAAGUGCAUGGCAGUGAUGCUGCUUAUAGCAUAUAUAAGCAGGCCUAUCAGAUAAUAGUUGGUCUCAAGGAGGGAGAAUACCCGGUCGAGGAGGGCAAAUGGCUGGCAAUGACUGCGUGGAACAAGUCAGGAAUGGCAGUCAGGCUUCGACAAGUAGACACGGCGAGGAGGUGGAUGAAGAUGGGGCUGGAUCUUUCCAGGCACCUUCCAGGCAUGAACAUAUAUACAAGAGAAAUGGAACAGUGCUUUGAGAACUUUGAGAAACUUUGUGGCAGCACCAAUAGUUUUACAUCUGAAGCAGAAGAGACUGGCACUAAAUCCAUCAGCUAAUUUUACGGUAAAUCAUGUGUUUGUAUAGCUUAUGUUGAUAAAGAAUCAAGACAUUGGAU